ACCGCCCAGUCUGACAGCAAACUUCACUGAGCUCCGGGAAAUAGCAGGUAUUUCAUCGUUAACCAGUACUAGACACACGUCAACCCCCAGAAUGGCUGAUUUGGGCAAUCAUCGCUGCCACAACUGUAAUAUGGUUUUCCGUUCGUAUCCACUGCUGGAGAAACACAAGGAGAAGUUUUGUCUUGGGAGCCAUAUUGGAGAUCCUACACUUCUGAGCUCCCUCUAUGUAGACAAAGGGGAAAACUUGCAACUUCUCGGCAGAGGAGUCCCAAGGAUGUCCGAGACUCCUGAUUUCAAAACCAGGGAUAGCUACGCACGACUGAGAGCAAAGGAGGACCUUUUAAACCAGAGAGAACAGCAACUUCUGGGAGAAUACGGCCCACGGAACAGUGUGUCUGACAGUAAAACUCUGAAAAGCCUCACUGAAGAGUUUCACAAACUGCGGAAAUCACUGGAGGUGUCUGUCCCGACACUGAGAUCGUAUCAGUUUCAGGAAGACUUCGUCCCUCAGUCUCAGUGGGACAGAGAGUAUCGGGAUCGCAUGCAGGAGUUAUCCGACGCCCACGGACGUUACCUGGCAGAUAUCCAGGCCCGGAACCAAACUCUGGAACAGCAGAGAGAAGAAAUCCGUCAGCGCCUUUCAGAUGUCGCCAACGCAGGAUCUUCAACCGGUCACAUUGAGCAAAUCCUUCUAGAACUAAAGGCCCAGGAGGAAAAGAAUCAGAUGGCUUUGGAUGACCUGCGAGACCAGGUUGGACUCAUCCAGUCAGAAAGCAGAAUCAAAACAGAGAUAUCGAAGAAGGAAAGGGCGCCCAGCACUCCGGCUAAAAAAGAGAAACCAGCUCUUCAAUUCAUACCUUUUCCUGCCCGUGGAGCCUCGCUUUCCUCCGAAAUUAGCGCACUGCAACUGGCAUAUGUCCAGAGUGGAGGCAGCGACCCGUCCGUCCUGGCCCAGAUGCGGGACUUGCAGGCAGAGGCUUUGACUUUUGAAGGAAUCACUCUCAAACAGGAGCGGAAAGAGAAAAAGAAGAAACGACAUGAUGGCGCCCCCCGUGGGCUGGACGUGGAGCUGAUGGCUGUGGAAAUGGAGAACCAGCGGCUGGAAGAAGAAAUCUUUAACCUGAAGUUGCUAAGAGAGAAGAAGAAGGUGGCCAAUGGGGAUUCUGAAAUGGUUGAGAUGCAUCGGGAGAAUCUUCAACAAAUGGCCCAGCUCCAGGCUGACAUUGGGAUGUUAAGACGGGAUGUUGGCAGAAUGCCCCCUCGAGCCCUUCAAGGGCCUCCACCUUUUGUACCUCCCAUGCCACCACCAAUGCUUCCACCCAUGCAUCCAACUAAACAACUACCUGGGAGACCAGAAGCUGCCGUUGUAACAGGAGGGCUUGAUUCCAUGAGACCUCCGAGCCCGGCAGCAAACAGACACAUUAUGGAGCCUUUAGACGCACUGGGUCCUGCACCAUAUGACCCUGUGGCUGGCUUUGUCAUAUUCUAUGACUUUCUUCUUGGAUUGGAGCCAACGUUUCAGAAAGUGCGUCUGCUCAGCGGGCUCUAUAGUAAUGGACACAGGAUGGGCCAAACCACUUCCCUGCCUGACGUGCCCUGUGAGAUGUGGCAUUCUGCGCCACACCUGGCUAAUACACCAAAAGGGAACAUUGCCAUGUUGGCCACGAAGCAACCAAUACCCAGGGUUCGUCCAGCAUCUUCCAUUGCUCUGGUGAUGGAGCUGCAGGCCUCAGGGGGGUUCAACCCAUAUGGCCAGGAGGUCCAACAUGUUUCUUCCUGCGGGUGGUCAAAGCUGGAUCUGUUUGACCAACACAAUCAGGUGCUGAGUGGACGUUGGAAGCUGCCGGUGAGAGCAUUACCACUGAGGCCAGGACUGAGUACUGGACAACUCAACACAGUCCCACAGGUUGGAAAAGCAGAACUUUUUCUACGUGUUCUAAAUGCCAGAGAUGCUGAGCUUCAAUCACUCGCAGAGAUAGACCCAAGGAAUGCUUCACUUUACCAGUAUCCUCCUCUGAUGUCUAACUCGCCUGCUGCUGUAAUAGAAAACCCAACGCAUCGGCCAGCUUUUCACGCUUCUACCAAUGCAUUUAACAUGUCCCUCUCCCCUUACACUGACUAUGUUGAUCCACCCCCUGUUGAGGAACUUCCUAACCAACAGAAAAACAGUCAGAGGUGAGAAAGAAGUGACCCAUUCUAAUUCACAGUGAAAUUCUCCCAGUCCACAUCUCUUUGACAUGACUCCCUUUCCAAUCCAAUGAAACGUUUCCUAUUUCAAACCACUAUGUGCUGACCCCCCAUUCCAAUUCAAUUUAAAAUUCCGUAUUCCAAAUAUCUGUGAAAUGACCUCCAUUCCAAUCCACUGUGACGUUCUUUUAUUAGAAUACUCUGUGAAAUGUUUAAACAAUGUUUGUAUAUUGUAAACAAAAUUUACUUCUAUUUAACCUUCAGUAUCACACGUUUUCAAAUUAGGGGGCAAUCAGUGCAAAGUCAGAACAAUAGCCUGAAAUGGUUCAAAAAGGGACACCAAAACAACAUUAGCUGAAUGGAGAUGUUGGAGUAGAGAUCAUACCCCGGCUGUCUAAAUGCUCAAUUCUCUGCCAUUUAGGAGUUAAAUCACUUUAUUUAUGUAGCCCUAGUCACACCUCCCUGCAUGCGACCUUCAUAGUCUCUCUACACAUUUUCUGUAAAGAGAUAUCUAAUCUUUAAACCUUCUUUAUUGCACAAUCUGUUUUAUUUACAAUUUCUAAUCCCCUGCUCUGUAAAUUAACAGAGCAGGAGAUUAAAAA